AUGAAAUCAAAUAUGAGUGAAAUUUUAAAGAUUUGCUUGAUAUUUUUGAUGAUUUAUGAAGCAAAAGGGCAAGUUGUAAAAUGUGACUACAUACAUAAAUAUUACGAGACUAAGAGCUUCAAAACCACAAACACUUCUUAUUACAGAUGUGAUUUGGACACAAAACAAGGAAAUUACAAUGAAAAGCUCAUGAGAAUUGAUGGACAACAUGGAACUGGACAUAGCGAUGCUGAUGUAAAAUGGAUUAUUCCUUAUAAAACCCGCAAACUAAGAACAUUUACAUCAAUUUUCUGUCAAAAGUUUCCAAAUCUUGAAGUAAUCUCAAUGAUUAAAGCGGAACUGGAAUCAAUUGAUGAAGAUUCGCUGUCAAAAUGCAAGAAUUUGGAUCAAUUGAUCUUAUUUCAAAACAAAAUUCGAGAAAUUUCAGAAAAUCUGCUGAUUCAAAACUCAAACUUGACUUAUUUACGGAUAGCUAAUAAUCAACGAACAAUGUUGCCCGAAAAGUUGUUCCUCAAUCAAAAGAAACUUGAGAAUUUGCAGUUGAGUGGUAAUCAAAUAAAUGUCCUUCCAGGCAACAUUUUUCGUCCACUUCUAAAACUUGAAAAUUUAAAGUGGUUAGGUUUGCAUGAAAAUCAAAUUGUAGAAAUUCCAUCAAAAUGUUUUGCAUCUCUUAAAAAUUUGGAAAAAUUGUGGAUUUACGAAAACAGAAUUAAAACUUUAAAAUCGGACAACUUUAAUGGUCUUCAAAAUUUACACACAUUGUCUUUGUACAGCAAUGACAUUUCAGACCUGCCAGUUGGUGUCUUCAAUCAGUUGACAAAUUUACGAGUUUUAUAUUUGGAUAACAACAAAUUAUCAUCAAUCCACUCAGAUUCUUUCGGUGUUCCCAAUAAUUUGACCAAAUUUUGGCUUGUCAACAACAAAAUCAGCGCAAUUGAUCCAAAGUUCAUAGAAAACUCAGCAGUUGCAAGCCUUAACCUCAAAAAUAACAUCUGCAGUCGAUCUAUGCUUCAAACCAGAUCAGAAGUUAAGAAUAAUUUGACAAAAUGUUUUGCCAAUUAUCAGCCUCGCUCAGUUCAAGUUUCAAGCUCAUGUGGACGAUCAGUCAUGCCACAAGGAAACAACAUCGGUGGAAGUAAAAUCAAACGUGGCUCAUAUCCAUGGAUUGCAGCACUUAUGACUCCAAAAGGACAGCUGUUCUGUGGAGGAACUCUCGUGUCGAACCGCAAAGUUGUAUCAGCCGCACAUUGCAUCCAGAACAAAGGAAAACCACAAAAAUUAUUACCACGCUCAAUCAUCGUUCUUUUAGGAUUUUAUGACCUUAGCAUACCUAUUGAAAUCGGUCGAGCUCCUUAUGCAGUCCAAGGCAUCCACAUUCAUCCUGAUUGGAAUCCAUACACAACUUCGUACGAUGCUGACAUUGCUGUAUUGAUGCUGUAUCGGGAUGUUCCAUUUAAUGAAUUUAUUCAGCCAAUCUGCAUGACAUUAAAUGAUCCAAGGAUUGUAGAAAUGACUGAAGGUGCUAUUGUUGGAAAUGGAAAAGGAGGCGAAGCCAAUCAGUUUGAAAAAAUCCCGAAAAUCCUCAAAAUGCCGAUUCAAACUGCUCGCCACUGCACUAAGAAGGACAGUAUUUUUAAAGAUCUUUUAACUGGACGAACCUUCUGUGCUGGAACUGGAACUGGUCAAGGCGUAUGCACUGGUGAUAGUGGAAGUGGAUUUGUUGUGCAAAUUGGAAACGUUUUUUACCUUCGCGGUGUUGUGUCAGCUUCACUUGGUGAUUCUAUACUCGGAUGUGAUGUCAAUUCCUAUUCUGUCUUUACGGAUGCUCUGAAGAACUCGCUAGAGAUGAAUGAAUUUUUGAUCUUUUGCAUUCUUCUUCUGCUAAUUUAUGAAACAAAAGGACAAACUGCAAAAUGUGAUUACAAAAUUCAAAAUCAUUUUACUUUUUUUGACAAAUCAAAUGCUAAUCAUUACACAUGCUUAUUGGACACAACCAAAGCACAAUUUAAUGUAAAACUUACAGAAACUAAUGGGCAGCAUACAACUGGAUAUAGCGACGCUGAUGUCAUAGCAAUUUCCAACAAUAAAAACAAAUUGAAGACAUUUUCAUCAACUUUUUGUCAAAAGUUUCCAAACCUGGAAAUUAUUAAAAUAAGUCACGGAGAAAUGGAAUCAAUUGAUGAAGAUUCGCUGCUUAAUUGUCAAAAUUUAAAACAAUUUUGGCUUGACUACAACAAAGUUCGAACACUGCCUGAAAAAUUGUUUAUUAAAAAUUCAAAAUUAAUUUUUCUCCGCGUUUAUGCUGACAAACUAGCCGAACUGCCAGAAAAUGUUUUUCAAAACUUAAUCGAACUUGAGGAUUUAUUUUUGGAUAAUAAUCAAAUCAGUUAUUUGCCAAAUAAAAUUUUCCAUUCACUUGUCAAACUUCAAGUGCUUUAUUUGAAUAACAAUCUUUUCCAAACUAUUAAUCCAGAAUGGUUUGUGAAUUUGCUGAACUUAAAAUGGUUAAGCUUGGAAGGAAAUCCAAUUUUAGAAGUUCCAUCAAAAUGUUUUGCAUCGCUUAGGAAUUUGGAGCGAUUGUGGAUUAUUCAAAAUAAAAUUAAAGAUUUAAAUUCAGACAGCUUCGAUGGUCUUCAGAAUUUAAAAAUAUUAAGUUUGUACAUUAAUGAAAUUUCGGACCUGCCAGUUGGUGUUUUCACAAAGUUGAGGAAUUUACAAAGGUUGAGUUUGUAUGGAAACAAUCUGACAACAAUUCAUUCAGAUUCCUUCGGUAUUCACAAUCAGUUGACAGCAAUUCAUCUUCAAGAGAACUUAAUCAAUUCAGUUGAUCCGAAAUUCAUCGACAACACAGCCGUUGACUACCUUGAUAUGACAAAUAACAUCUGCAGUCAAACAGAGUCUAAAAGUAGAUCGGAAGUUGAAAAUAAUUUAAGGAACUGCUUUGCCAAUUACCGAGCUCGUCCGGUCCGAAUUCCAAGUACAUGUGGACGAUCAGUCAUGCCACAAGGAAACAUCAUCGGUGGAACUAACAUCAAACCCAACUCAUAUCCAUGGAUUGCAGCACUGCUGAGACCUAAUAAGCAAUUCUUCUGUGGUGGAACUCUUGUAUCAAAUCGGAAAGUAGUCACAGCUGCACAUUGCAUUCAAGGAAAACGAGAAACUUCGUCAUUGUGGCCACGUUCAGUCACUGUUCUUCUAGGUUUUCAUGAUCUGAGCAUAUCAACUGAAGUUGGUCGAGCUCCUUAUGCAGUUCAAAGCAUUCAUAUUAAUCCUGAUUGGAAUCCACACACAACUUCUUAUGAUGCUGACAUUGCUGUAUUGGUGCUUGAUCAUGACGUCAUAUUUAACAAUUAUAUUCAGCCAAUCUGCAUGACAUCAACCGAUCCAAGGAUUGUAGAAAUGACUGAAGGUGCUGUUGUUGGAAAUGGAAAAGGAGGCGAAGCCAAUCAGUUUGAAAAAAUCCCGAAAAUUCUCAAAAUGCCGAUCCAAACUGCUCGUCACUGUACCGAAAAAGACAGCACAUUUCAACAGCUUUUAACUGGACGAACAUUUUGUGCUGGAAGUGGAACUGGUCAAGGAGUGUGUACUGGUGAUAGCGGAAGUGGAUUUGUUGUACAAAUUGGAAAUUCUUUUUAUCUACGUGGAAUUGUAUCAGCUUCACUUGGUAAUUCUUAUUUAGGAUGUGAUGUCGAUUCCUAUUCUGUCUUUACAGAUGCUUUAAAAUACAUCAAUUGGGUCAACGGAUUAUCGACGGUUCUUGUCUAUGAGGACCGUAUCAUAUUUCCAUAUUAAAAAUAUUUGUAUCUGUCUUGAGUAGGCUUGACACGAACUUCCGAAAGGGAGUGCAGUCCACAAUGUCUUGCUUUAAAUAGAUUUUCAUAGGGGCCGUUCACUUAUUACGUAACGCUUUUAGAGGGGGUCUAAGAUUCUGUUACGGUUCAAACAAAAGAAAUUUUUUUCAUGCAAAUUUUAUUACCAGGGAGGAGGGGGUCUAAAAAGUCGUUUUUUCGCGUUACAAAAUAAGUGAACGGCCCCCUGGACAUGACUCGAUGUACUUGCCAAGAUUCAAUAUUAUUCAAUUUUAAUAAAUAAAUUCAAAUUUUAUUUAAGUUUUUAAUUUUUUUAUUUGUAAAAAGCCAGGCUCGGAAACUGGUUGAAGAAAUUUGUAUGGAAGUUGGCGGUAUAUUGGCUAGUUUCCGAGCCUGGGCAAAUAACACAAAAGUGUCAGUAAAAUAUUUGAAAGUCUUGAU